AUGCAACUCGAUAAUGGUUUCAGUGAGCAUGCUCAUCUCGAAGAAUUACAAUCAGAUGCUGAGAAACAGGUACAAGAUCUGAAUUCGAAGCUCAAAACUACGGAAGAAAAGCUGUCAAGAAAGGAACAGGAGCUUGCGGCUAUGAAGGAGGCCCAGGCUGAUGGAGCUAUGGCAGUUUCAAAUUUGGAGUCGCAAUUGUCUGAACUGAAGAAGAAACUUGAAGAAAGUGAGACAAAGGCAGCUGAGGAGUCUAAUAGAUCAUCUGCGUCUUUGCAACAGUUGGAACAGAAGAUUUUGGCUGAGGAAAAACGUGUUCUCGAACUUCUUGAGCAGUUGAAGACGGAGCAGGCUGAGGCGAAGAAAACACUAAAACAGGUCAAGGAUGAUGCCAAAGAAGAGCAGGUACUGCACCGCUUGCACAUGCCCAGGCAUUCCGUGUGGUUUCCGUCCCUUUCUGCUCGCUUUGGUCCAUGGUGA